UUUCAGUAAGUCGAUUAUGAGCAUGAAUCAGCCGUUACGUUCACAAUCAUUCAGACAACGAUCUCGAGCAUCAAUUCACAUGAAACGUUAUCCAUUUGAUGAUGGAGCUCAACAGGUUCAACGAAGAAGUUCACAUCCUACUAUUUAUCGAAAUUCCACUUUACAUUCAAGGCAUCGACCAUCGGAUAUAGCACGAACAGAUGUUUGGCCAAAACCGAAAGAAAGAGCAAUCGAGGAGCGCUUUCUUAAUUUGGUAGAUUCUGAUGAUUACACCCGAGUGCGGGAAUUUAAUAUUGAUGAAAAGGGUACUGUUGUUAGCCGAGGUGAUUCGUUUCGUCUCAAAAGUCCCACUUGUCAUAAACGAGAAUCACGAAAACCAGGUCGAUUUGUUUUAUCAAAUGAAUCAGACGGCUCACAUUCAACAUCAAACGAUAGCAUUAUGCCUUCUAAUUUUAAUGAAAAGGAUGAAAAUAAUCAGCCAUCAACUAGUACCGCUUUUUAUGAAAUAUAUGUACUUGGCUCAACAGGUGUAGGAAAAACUGCUCUCAUUGGACAAUUUAUGACCUCGGAUCAUCGAAAUACCUAUGCUACUGAUAUAGAGCAAGUUGACAAUACAGUAUCAAUUAUAAUUGGUGAUAAGGAAAGCGAAUUGACAUUCCAUGAAGUUGAUCCACAUAAUGAUUGUUCUUGGCAAAAUGAUAAAGCAGAUAUUUAUUUGCUCGUAUACAGUAUCGAUUCAAAAAGUUCCUUCAAAGAAGUUAUGAAUGUUGUUGAAUGUUUACGUGGAUCAACAUCCGCACGGCAUACACCUAUUGUUAUGGCUGCUAAUAAAGUUGAUUUGGAACGAAAACGUGCUGUUAGUAAGACAGAUGCAAAAAAUGCUGCAAUGACUUAUGGUUUUGUACAUUAUGAAGUAUCCGUAGCGUUAAAUUUAGACGUCGAUGAUCUUUUGGUUGGACUUAUUGCUGAAAUCAAACAUUCAUUGAAAUCAGAUCUGCUCGAUUUUCGUGAUAAUAUCAAAUCUUCCAAAGAAAGCACUGACACGGAGAUGAUGGAAGAAUCGAAUGAAUUCAAAGCUGCUAUCCGAAGAUAUUCAAAAAGACGACAGCAGAUGGGUGGUACAAAUGAGAAAAAGGCGAAUAAAUGUACGCAUUUCAAAAGUAAUCUUGUGGAACGUUUUCGAAAUUGGAGACGGUUAUUGCCAAAUUUAAAUUAUUAAUUAUAUUUUCAAAUCGGAACCUUCUACCAUUACUCUUUCAGCCUUCUUAUAAUUUUUUGUUAUCAAUUUUGUUUUUAAAUUUAAUCCAAUUAUCAAUAUAAACG